AUGGCGACCCAAGAUCCCUCCCAGGUCGCACAAUUGGUGCGAGAUUUGGAAGAUGCACGCAAACAGUCCAAGAGCGAGCAAAAGCAAAGGUUCACCUGCAAGAAGGCAACAUUCACAGUCGCCGGUACCAACAAUGUGACUGUGGACUCGUGGAAGUUCCAAGACUGGGACUACAAGCGCGCUGGUCUCCCAACCUACGCCCGUGGUCUCUUUACCACCCGCCGGAAGGACGGCGUCCCCGAGAUCGCGACGCGCGGGUACGACAAGUUCUUCAAUAUCAACGAAACAACUAGCACCCAAUGGCACAACAUCGAGAAGCAUACCAAGGGUCCUUACGAACUUAGUGUGAAGGAGAAUGGAUGUAUUAUCUUCAUUUCCGCACUGGAAGAUGACAAACUUUUGGUCUGCAGCAAGCACUCCACUGGAGUUCGAGAGGACACCGACCAGAGCCACGCACAGGUCGGAGAGCGCUGGACAGAGCACCAUGUCUCGUCGGUUGGUCGAAAUGUCAAGGAGCUUGCACGUACCCUGCGUGAGAUGAAUGUCACAGCUGUUGGAGAGCUCUGUGAUGACAGCUUUGAGGAGCACGUUCUGGCCUACGAUGAGGCUGCGUCUGGUAUCUACCUUCACGGUCUCAACUACAACCAGCCGGGCUUCACUACAAUGUCUUCCUACAAGGUACACGAGUUUGCAGAUACAUGGGGUUUCAAAAAGGCCAAGUUUGAGGUAUUUGAUGAUAUUUUCCGAGUACGAUCCUUCCUUGAAGGAUGCGCCGAGACUGGUACUUGGGAUGGGCGUGAAACCGAAGGCUUUGUGAUUCGAUGCCAGCUCAGCGACAAUGGAACGGGGCCAUAUCGCGAUUGGUUCUUCAAGUACAAGUUCGAGGAGCCCUACUUGAUGUACCGCCAAUGGCGUGAAUGCACCAAAGCCGUUAUUGGAGGGAAACUUCCCAAGAUUAGAAAGCACGAACAGAUCACACAGGAGUAUCUACAGUUCGCCCGGAGGAAGCUUAUCAAGGACCCCAAUAUGGCCAAGGAGUAUCUUCACAACCACGGUAUCAUCUCAUUGCGCGAGGAGUUCUUGAAGGAGCGAGGACUGAAGGGAUCUGAGAUCAUUGCCAUGGAAGCACACGCAGAGGCGAAUUCAAAGGAUAUCUUCCGUAACAUUAUUCUUGCGCCUAUUGCCACUCUCGGAUGCGGAAAGACAACAGUCGCUCUCGCUUUGGUCAAGCUUUUCGGAUGGGGACAUGUUCAAAACGAUAACAUCCCCAAGCAAAAGAACAAGCCGAAGAAAUUCGCAUUUGAAGUCAGCGAAGCUCUGUCGAAUCACCCCGUUGUCAUCGCAGACCGCAACAACCACCAACGACGCGAACGCAAGCAGCUCAUGGAUGAUAUUUACCCUGUGCUCAACGAUGCCCAAUUUGUCGCUCUCCACUUCGUCCACGAGCCCAAGGGUCAGCUUCUGCCUAAGAUCAAGGAAGUCACUCGGAAACGAGUGCUGGAACGUGGCGACAAUCACCAGUCGAUCCGAGCCGGAACCAACUCCAAUCACGAGACCAUUGGAAUCAUGGAUGGCUUCCUCACCCGCUUCGAGGGAAUCGACACGACCCGCCAGCCCGACGAGAACUACGACCACGUCAUCGACCUCGACGUCUGUGCCUCGUCUCGCGAGAACCUCGAGACCGUCGUCAAAGCCCUCCAUACUGCCUAUCCCAAGGUAGUCCCGAAGGUGCCAACAUCUGAAGAACUCGACUCCGCAAUCAACGCCUCACUGAACGACUACCUCGUCGAGACAGACCUCAGCUACAGCUACGGCGGAACCCAGAAACAAAAGAACAAAAACAAGGCCCAAACUAUAGAGAACGUCCCCGGCCAAGGCGAAUCCCCGCUGUCCCCAACAACCCUCUCCAAGAAAAUCGAAUACUUCAACAUCUCCCUCCCACCAAAAGAAAUAACCACCGUCCUCAACUCCAUCUUCCGCAACUCCCCAGACCCAAGAACAGCCCACCUCUACAACCAACUCUCCCAAACCCGCCGCCUCCAACCAACCUUCCACGUAACCCUCAUCCACCGCGCCUCAAAGAAAGACAACCCGCAAAUCUGGGACUCGCUCACAGAACGCUACAUCAAAUCCCAGGCAACUUCUACAUCCAACAACCAAAUCCAAAUCCAAACCCCUCCAACCCUGGGCACAGCGCGUGUCCGUCUAGAGCGCCUAGUUUGGGAUAAUCGUCUUAUGGCCUUCGUGGCGCGCAUCUUGCCUGCAGGCGCAGAAGCAGAAUCUGAUACACCCGCCAUGGCGCCUGUUUCUGAUGCGGAUUGGCCUUGUGCGAAUGCCAUUCCGCACGUUACUGUCGGUACGGUUUCGCAGGAUGUUAAGCCCAAGGAGAGUAAUGAUUUGCUGAAACGGUGGGUUGAGGUUGGGUCUGGUGGUGAGAGUGGGAUUUUUGAGGCUGAGAUUCCGGGUGUUAAGAUCGUUGAGGGUGUUGUUGGGUUGGUUAUGAGUAGGGGGAAGCAUUGA